AUGAACUCCCCAUACGCCACAAUCGUUGACAACCCGGAUUUUCAUCCGGCUAUGUAUGCCGAGAAAGUUGACAGAGCUCUAAGAGCUAGUGACAAGGACGCCGUUGCCCAUAUAAUCACCUCGAUCAGCAAUAAUCAGCGUCAAUUGGGCCUUGGCACUGACGAAGCGACAUUGAUAGAGAUUCUCUGCUCUCGCACUCCUGACCAAUUGGCCGCCAUUCGCAUUGCUUAUGAGAGAGAAUACAAGACUCCGUUGGAGAAGGAUGUAGGUUUUGAAAAUUUUUUACAAAAAUGCUCUACAUUUGGUAUACACCAAGCUGGUACCACUACGUUGUAA